ACGGAAGAGUAGCAGCAGCAUGGUGAUGCGUGGCUGAGCGGUGUCAGCUGAAAUGUUCAAACACGUUUUCUUAACGGGACCUCCAGGUGUGGGGAAAACCACCCUGGUCCAGAAAGCCUGUGAUGCUUUAGUGUCAUCAGGUGUGGGAGUUGAAGGAUUUUACACAGAGGAGGUCAGAGAGGGAGGGCGAAGAGUUGGCUUUGAUGUCGUCACAGUGGCGGGAGAGAGGGGCCACCUGUCCAGAAUCAGAGACAUAGCUGGUGCGGCUCAUGGCAGACGGGAAUAUACAGUUGGACAGUAUGUGGUCGAUUUGCCGUCAUUUGAAAACCUGGCUCUCCCCCUGUUCAGAAAGGUAGGGUCAGCUGAUGGAGGCAGUAGGAAGGUGUUUGUCAUUGAUGAGAUCGGGAAAAUGGAGCUCUUCAGCCAGUCGUUCAUCAGGGCAGUGAGGCAGACUCUAGAUAGCCCCUCCUGCGCCGUGCUGGGCACCAUCCCCAUCCCCAAGGGUAAACCACUGGGUCUGGUUGAAGAGGUGCGGAGCAGGAGAGAUGUCAAGGUCUUCACUGUGUCUAAAGAAAACAGAAACGCCAUUCUAGAAGAUAUUCUGUCAGCACUACAGGAGUGCCUAAAACCUCAAACCUAACAUGGAGAUUCAGAACCGUUAAAAGGGGAAAAACCCUGUAAUUCCUUGUGUGUGUUUCUGCUGACAACAUGUUUCCAUGCAUAUGUAGUACAAGCUCACGCAGUCAGACUACUCAGUGGAUCUACACACGCUUCACAUCAGGGUUGUGACCCAGCUUGAAGGGCAUCCCGAGCUGCUGGAAGAGUUAGUGUGUCACAUGCAUGCAUUUAUGUACACAAUUCAUUUCUUUUCUUUCUCAUACUGCCUCAAAAUGGAUCGCAUGCUGAAUAAUUGAUUACGAGAUGGAACGCAUUGGGGUUGAGUUGUUUGUGUGUAAAUACCCCCAGUGCUCUCAGAGUCAACCGACCGGUAGUCCUCAAAACAACUCUGUUCUAUUUUUAAUUUAGCCAUCGACCAUAGAGCGGUCCAGCAGCAGCUUCCAGCAGGCAUUUCUCGUGUGUAAGCGUGUCAUUUUGAUUUGUUCACAAAGACAAAUUGUGCUUCUUUUUUUUCUUUUUUUUUUAAAGACACUGCUCAUCCGUUUAGUUCUCUGCAAUGUGAGGCUCCCUUGUGUUAGUGUAGUCAACUUGUGGAUGCGCUACACAAAUCAAUCAAUAUUUAUUGGUGCAACUAUGUCCAAACUGCUCAUGAUUUAUUCAUCUGAUAGCAUGA